UAUCAACCCCUGUGGGUAAGAGUGUGUCGAUGCGAGUGUGUGUGUGUGUACUUGUAUCAGUGAGAGAAGAAGAGUGCUGCUGUCAGCGUGCAGAAGGAGUGACAUUUUACACCCAUCAAUGAGUGUGUUUAGACUGUUCCUGCAGCGCAGUGUGUACACAGUGACACUGUUUUGAAAAGGCAAUACUACACUCAGGCCUCCAGAUUGGCGAUGCCACGACAACGUCUGCCUGUGAUUGGUUCAUCUCAGAGCAAAACAGCAGCCAGGCCCCUUCUCUGUCAUCCCCAUCAAGUCAGUCAGAGAAAAAAAAGCCAGUUGCAGAUAUCCUCCUCUUCCUCCUCCUCCUCCUCCUCCUCUCACCCUCAUCCAGGGCCUUCUGCCAUCCUCCUCUCAGAUAACACUGUGACGCCUUGGGGUGGCCUGGCUCUUGCUGAGUCCUCCUUUACUUCAAUCCCAGCGCCACCACCCCCUCCAACUCCACCCUCAACUCCUCCUGCUCCUCAGCCCACGCCGUGUACCCCUUAUAGUGGGAGACAGAAUGAAGACAAAGCAGCUUUGAGUUCAAGUUUUAACUCUGAUGUUCCAUCCCCACCUCUGACAAUACCGGAGAGUGCAGAUGGAAGAGGUGGGGGGUGGCGGGCAAGGCGCGGAGUGCUGCCCCAGCAUCGUGUCCCCCGUCCUCCCCGCCUCCCACCACUGCAUCCUGUCACCGACCUGAGUUUCUCCCGGAGCUUCACCUUCUCUUUCUUUGAGCUGCCGCUGCAUCAGUCGCCUCGCUACCGUGCAGAGCACAUCAGAAACCUCACGCUGCUUCUGAGAGACGCACACUACUGAGGAGUCAGAGCUGCAUGGACAGUUCUUCUGUUUCAUAUUCUCUCAAAUAUGUUGUUUUAGUCUUCAAGAAUUUAACACAGUUCAGGGGUUUUCCAUUAAUUGCAACCCAGGGACCACCAUUCUGAUUAAGAAUUAACCUGACGACCACUGUUGUGGGGUGAAUAGACCAGAGGGGUGUUAUUUCAAUUAUGAAACCCACCUUGUCUUUUCUAAAUCUUAUAUAUUUGCAAGAAUUUGAUUAUUCACAGACAAUAAGUGAGAACAUGGAAAUGUUUCAAAAAUAAAAUAAAAAAAUAAUUGUUCUUACAGUGAAACCACAUUAUUGAAUGCAUGAUCAGGGGCCACCUUCAGCGCCUUCAAUGUUUGUUUGACAUCUUUUCAUUGAGUUUUCCAUAGGGGGACCUCUUUAUUUUUAAUGACUUGAGGAUCUCAAGCCCUAGCUUUUGUUGAUACUCCAGCCUGUUGUAAUGCUGGUGUCAGACUCGGGAGUGGUUUCACAUACUGUGUUUUUGUUAAGGGCAGGUUCUAUAACAGAUUUGUUCAGGCACUUUUUGUGUUUCACCCAUAUGAAGUUUCUCUUUUUUCUUCCUCUGCGGAUCCUCUCUACCUAAAUGUGCCUCUUGUUCUCCUUUCCCCCCACAGACUUUCAUUUCAUUUAACAUUUUCUAACUUGGAACAAUUAUACACUGCACAAAACAUUUGUCUCAUUUGUGGCCUUUCUCGCUUUCAUAAUUACUCUGUUUGUCUUUCUCUUUCGCACACACACACACACACACAUUCAGUCUAUGAAACCUGAGUGAUAAUAAUAGAGCCAUUCAGAGGUACUGAAUGGGGGCUGUAAACCUGCUGUAGUGUGCAGAGUUCAAGGGUAAUCUCAGCCUUGUGUGUGUGUGUGUGUGUGUGU